ACACAGCCUUCCUUCUAACCAACACUUUCUCUCUCUCUCUCUCUCUUUUAUGGCGAUGCUUUCUACUGCUUCCGUUUCGGGGAGCGUCGACCUGCCCAGACCCAUGAAGAUUGACUCAUCUGCGUCUCCGGUGGUGGAAUCCGAUCCAACACCAACGUCCCCCGAGGGAUCGCGCACUAGCGGCUCACCUGAUCGCCAUGAUCCUUCCACUUCCUCCCCGAGCCCCAGUCGUGGUGGUGACAAUCAGUCUGAAGUCAUAUCGAAAAGUGAAGAGUAUCGGCAAUUAUUUCGUCUUCCAGCUGAGGAAGUCCUUGUUCAAGAUUUCAACUGUGCUUGUCAAGAGAGUAUUCUUCUGCAGGGUCAUAUGUACCUCUUCAUCCAUUAUAUCUGCUUUUACUCAAACAUCUUUGGUUAUGAGACCAAGAAAGUUAUUCCAUUUUCGGAGAUAUCUUGCGUUAAACGAGCAAAAACUGCUGGUAUUUUUCCAAAUGCCAUUGAGAUUUUGGCUGGAGGGAAGAAGUACUUUUUUGCAUCGUUUCUUUCCCGUGAUGAAGCUUUCAAGCUUAUCCAUGAUGGAUGGUUGGAAUAUGGUAGUGCUGUCAAAGCAGAGGGAGAUAGUCAGGAUUCUUUGUCUGAGUCCAAAAACCAGGUUAAUGAUGGAGUUGUUAAAAGGGCACUCAGUUCCAUGGAUUUGGCGAAUGAACUAGAUAUCCCAUUGAGGGAUGAAAAUCUUCAUCUUUCAGGCAGUUCCAGUCUUCCUGUCAUUAGUCAGAAUGGCGUUUCACCUUCUCCCGUUCAGCGGCCUGCAGAAACAGUUGAAGAUAUUAUGGCUUCUUCUUCAGCCAAUACUGUUAACUGGAAGCCUGAAGCUAUAAACGCACCUAAAUUAUCAUCGGAUUUUACCAAGGUAGCAGAGGCAAAGUUUUCGAUUCCAGUAGAAGAGUUCUUUAGAUUGUUUUUUUCAGAUGGUGCCGUCAGUUUUGUUGAAUCUUUCCAUAAAAAUUGUGGGGACAAAGAGUUUAGGUGUACCUCUUGGCAACCUGAUGAGAAGCUCGGACACACCCGCAAUGUCUCAUUUCAACAUCCGAUAAAAGUUUAUUUUGGUGCAAAAUUCGGUGGUUGCCAGGAGUCCCAAAAAUUUCGGAUGUACAGAGAUAGCCAUCUGGUUAUUGAAACAUCACAGGAGAUCAGCGAUGUGCCUUACGCAGAUUAUUUUACUGUAGAGGGGGUUUGGGAUGUGAAAAGAGAUUGCAGAGACUCAAUCGAAGGUUGUAUAUUGGAUGUUUUUCUCAAUGUAGCCUUCUCUAAAAGAACCGUGUGGAAAGGAAAAAUAGUGCAGUCUACUUUGGAAGAGUGUAGAGAAGCUUAUGCACAUUGGAUAAGAAUGGCACAUGAACUAUUGAAGCAGAAGAAGCUGGAGAACCAAGAAGGGGAUAAGUUGAUUGAGGAUGGUGUACCGCUAGCAGCAAGGGAAGAAACAGUAUCUGAAUGUGAAGAGGAGAGGAAGGUGGAAAUGGUGGGAGGAGGGAUAGUGAAACAAAGCUUAAGGGGAGCGUGGGUGAAUCUGACAUCGUUUGUGAAGAGGCAAAGCGGGACAAGGCAGGUUAUAGUAAUAGCGUUUGCAGUGAUCUUACUGAUGCAGGUGACAAUAGUGGUGCUGCUGAAGAAAGGAGGAGGGGGGCAAGUAGAGUACCAUGAGAGGUACAACGAAUACAGUGGAAAUGAGGAGAGUUUGGGGUGGCUGGAGAAGCGAAUGCAUUUUUUGAGGGAAGAGAUUAUGAUGGUAGAGGAUCGCUUGCAAAGGAUGCGACAAGACCAUGCUGCCUUGAAGGCUCAGUUCCACCAUUUGGAACGCAUUGUCCGUCGCAACCAACAUUAGAUUUGUUUCGCCCUACUCUCUGUGCAAUGCGGAUGAAUAUGCAUGUAUGUAUGUAUGUAUCUAUGUAUUUUCGGAUGUUACUUUGCUAAGUUUCAUAACUACUCAAAUGAAUAUGAGCAGAGACUUUGUUUAUUGAAAUGAAUUUAAUCAACUGUAUUCAUAUUA